UGUCGCCACGCCUGCCCAAUUCGAAGUUUCUCUAAAGUGAACAGGAAAUCGAGGAGUUCGUUCUCUAUGCUUUGGCAUGGCGAAAACCUACGAUUUCCUCUUCAAGUUGCUAUUAAUCGGUGACUCAGGAGUAGGCAAGACAUGCGUCCUUUUUAGGUUUUCCGAAGAUGCGUUUAACUCAACAUUUAUCUCUACAAUUGGUAUUGACUUUAAAAUACGAACAAUUGAAUUAGAUGGCAAGAAAAUCAAGCUGCAAAUUUGGGAUACUGCUGGCCAAGAGCGAUUCCGCACCAUCACCACUGCCUACUACAGAGGAGCUAUGGGAAUCAUGCUUGUAUAUGACAUCACUAACGACAAAUCUUUUGAGAACAUCAAGAACUGGAUAAGAAAUAUUGAGGAGCAUGCAUCACAAGAUGUUGAGAAAAUGGUGUUGGGAAACAAAUGUGACAUGGAGGACAGACGUCAGGUAUCCAAAGAAAGGGGAGAGCAGUUGGCAGUUGAGUAUGGAAUUAAGUUCAUGGAGACCAGUGCAAAAGCAAGCAUAAAUGUAGAAGAGGCAUUUUUUACCCUUGCAAGGGAUAUCAAGCUCAAAAUGGACAAAAAAUUGGAGAAUUCCAAUCCUGCAUCCACUGGAGCAGUCAAAAUCACACAUGAAAAAGAGACAAAGCGAAGCAUAUUUAGAUGUUCGACACUUUAGCUGAUCUCUUCUUGAGCAUGAGGCCAGAAAAAGAGCAGUAUUGUGACAGGCAUUGCUAAGACUGUCCAAAAUACACCAUGAGAUUUCCACAUGCUGGAAAUCAGCAUGGCCUGGUUUUUAUUGAAAUGAAUGGAUAAGAACAUCCUAAAAUGACCUAAAAUGACAGUUGUGUAUCCUCCAUGUUAAGUUAUGGAGUUUAUUAAUUUCUGUUUCCAGUCAAAACAGAUUUUUGUUAGAAGGCUGGGAUUGCAAAUGUACUUGAAGCUAGUGACUUAAAUAUUGAUGCAAUGAAGUAGAUGUAUAGCAGAAAGAAAAGCGUAGCAGUGUGAGAUGAACUAUUCUCUAGCAGUCGUGCAUCCAGACCAUAUCUCCUUCCUUGUAACUUCUCACAAAUGGUUUAAGACACAUAGUUUGUAUUUUCAUGUUGUUACUUUUUUUUUUUUAAUUGAGAUCUCUUGGACUGAUUAACAGGCCAAUCAAGAUAUCAGAGAAAAUGGAAUUUUUAAUCAGAUGGAAGCUUGGAUUUUGACUUUUCAGCUACUACAAAAAAUAAAGCAUUCUUUAAUUAAGGGGAAGUAAUCAAUUACUAAACCCAGCAGGCAAGAAUCUUCCUCCCUUUUGAAGGAGGUUUUUUCUUUUCUUUGCUUGAUGGCUGGAUGCAUGACUGUGAAGCAGUAAAAAAAAACUUUUAACAAUAUUUCCUGCUGCUAUUUAUAAGAUUCUUGUCAAGAUACAAUGUACUUAGUGUUAAGCAGUAUUAUACUUGGCUGUACAAUUCUGAGAUUUUAGCGACCAAAAGUUCUGUACCUACUUGAUGUCACCUUUAUUUGUCUAGCUCUUACUUUGAUUUGUUGUUGUUGUUGUUUUUUGGGCUGGGCCUUUACUUUUUAGACAAGGUGCAUGUGAUAUGAGCAGGGUGGCAUUGUAGAAGAUAUUUUUUGUAAAUCAUAGAUAAUAUAAUUGCCUAGACAUUGUAUUUGUCUGACUACUGUUUGCACCAGACUGUGAACCCCUUUAGUUUGAAAAGCCAAUGCGCUUGAGAGUAGAUAGAAUGUUAGUAGAUAGAAUUUGCUAUUUGAAAAGGAUAAUACAAAUAAAAAAAUGUUGUAUGAA